AAUAAAUACACCUCCUUGGGUCCUGAUAAAACCCUUGAAAAAGGUAUUCUGUAAAAGUGCCCCAGCAAAAGGCGCCAGCUUUCCUAGUUUACGAGCCCCGUUCGGUGCGACAGAUGCAGAGAAGAGCGGAAUUGUAGCGAAAAGCGAAUUAAACCUACGAGGCGGCUGCGGCCGAGGCCAUCCCGCUGUCGUCCAGAGCGCACAAGAAAUCAAAACAACCGCACACAAAACACCACAGAGCACCAUGAGUCGCUGGGACCGUCGUGAUGACGAUGGUGGACACUAUCAGCAGCAGGGACAGCGAUACGAGCACAGCAGCCGGCGCGCUCCAGUAAAUCGUUCUCGGUCACGAUCACGCUCCUUGUCACCGGCUGACGACAGACGAGGCAGGGGUGGUGGAGGGAGAGGAGAAGGAGCAGCGAGGAGCGCGGGUUCACCAUCGGCACAGGAACACAAGCACCCCAACUCACGGUUCGAUGGGCACCGGCACCAGCACCAGCACCAGCAGCAUGAGGAAGAGCAGCGACGAAGGCAGGAAGCGCUCGAGAGUCGCGGACGCGGCAGCUCGAACGGUACCGGCACCGGUCCCGGCGCGUUGGUUAAUCGUUCCGAGGACCACAAACACCCUCUCUCGUUUCAAGGCACGUCGGGUGGAAAACGAACAGCACCAUCGGCCCCCAAGCCGGGUGGUGGCCGCGUCGGUGGCCCACCCAAGCCACCGGUCGGGGGCAUUCAGAUGAAGCUGGCCGCACCGGCCAGCAAAGAGCCACCGAAGCUGAUGCGACCCAUCGCGAACGCCUUUCGGCAGGCGGACGACAGCGAUGAGAGCGAACCGGAAGAGAUGCCGGCCGAGUGUCGGAUGCGGAUGCGUAACAUUGGCCGCGAAACGCCCACCUCCUCCGGGCCUAACUCGUUCGGCAAAACCAAACAUGGGUUCUGUGAUUCCAAGAAAAUGUUCGAAAAGAAGCUCGGCAGCAGCCUCAGUGGUGGUUCCCGUUAGCCCCAAGACGCACGACGACGGGUACUGCUUCGUGUUUUUUUUGCGUUUUCCAUUCUGCCUAUUUAUAUGCCGCAUUCCCACGCCGGCCAACGGUCACUGGCCAAGCGACCAUCUAGCAACGGCAAUGAAACAGAUGAGACGGUUGCAUCGUUAGUGAGAAUGUGGUUCAGUGUGCGACAACGCCGGCAGCUCCAACGUAACGUUUGACCAAUGCGGAGGGGCUGGGAGGUGUGGCAGAGAGAUUAAAAGAUUCGCGCCAGCAUGUCCGUACCCGUUGGCGUUGUAAGCCGACCGUAAAAUGACUGUUUUCUUCUGCAUUAUUCGCGUUACUGAUCUAGAACUGAUUCUUUUAUUACCUGUAAUUAGCAAUUGAAAAUAAAGUUCACUCUUGACUCU